UAGUGGGUGAUUGCACUGCAGCCAGCCAGGAACCCAUCCCUCAUAAUUUGGAUGCUAUGAGUUAUCUCUUCAAGAGCAGGAGUGAACAAACGCCGCUGACACCAGCAUCUUCAGAAGAACAACUGGCAAAGAUAAAUGAAGUCCGGGAGCUCCUUUGCAACCUACCGAUGGAGAUGCCGAAAUUCCUGUCAGACGCCACUAUCCGUCGGUUCCUCCGAGCAAGAAACUGGAGCACAGUGCAAGCUGCAAAGAGUCUGAAAGAAGCUGCCAGUUGGAGACGCCAGUAUAAGCCAGAGAAAAUUUGUUGGGAGAACAUCACGGAUAGUAAGAAUGAGGCUAGGAGAGCUUACAUACCAGACUACCUCGACAAGAGCGGAAGAAUGGUCUUCAUAACACUGCCAACAAUAAAGACGAAAACUUCAGAGAGGGAUCAUAUAAAAUAUCUAGUGUAUAACCUGGAAAACCUAGUGCUGAAUUCAGAAGGUGCACAAGAAGAGAGUGUUGUUUGGAUGAGUGACUUCCGAAGUACGCCAUUUUCAUUGACCCAAGAAUCGUUGCAUAUAAUUCAAAAAUAUUAUCCAGGACUGAUAGCAGUUGCUAUUCUAACCAACCCGCCAAGGAUUUUUGAAUCCUUUUGGAAGAUAGUGAAGCACUUCCUCGAGCCAAAAAUGAAUAAGAAAGUGAAAUUUGUGUACAACAACAAUUCAGAGAGCCUGAGGAUAAUGGGUGAUAUGUUUGACCUGGACAAGCUGGAGUCUACCUUUGGAGGAAGAAACACAGCCGGCCUGGACAUCAACAAGUAUGCCGAGAAAAUGAGAAGACGAGAUCAGAUGAGGGGAGCUUGGACACAAGCCAAUGGCAACACCUGUUCAUCCUGAUCUUGAAUGAGUUCCUGUUCCGUGCUAAGAGCACAUUAACACCACUGUCAGUAGUUAAUUAAACUGGACGAAGAUUGAACUCUAUCUGUUGGAAUAUUUGGGCCUAACCCAUGUAAAUCCAAAUAAUUCCUAUAAAA